AUGUCAAUAGAAGAUGAAAAUGUUUCAUGGAAACGAAUCGAACAACGAUUGGCGAGUGAUCCAAACAACACGACUUCCAGUCAAGUCUUAGCUGAGCCCAGUGAAGCCACAAUAUCUGAAGCAGAGGGGUCAUCAUCAUCAUCAUCAUCAUCAUCACCAUCGUUGUCAUCAUCUUUGUCUUCAUCAUCGACGUCUCUUGCUGCAUUGAAAACCAAACUCACUGCCGCGGACAAAGUCACAUUGACUGAGAAGCUCUAA